UGAUAGGGAAGGGGAAUGUUCGCAACAAGGAAUAGACUCUCGCCAUAGUACCAGUCCCCCGUCUUCCAGACGGGGACCACAACAAAACACUAAUCUCCAUACUGUAAAUGAGAAAGGAGAUUGGCCGAACGAAACGCAUUGCAAUGGCCAUGUGCCGAAUGGCUCUCGAUGUGUGUCAUCGGAGGCCGAGGAGGGCGAAGCUUCCUCAACUCGUUCACGCUCUUUCAGCCGAGACAGUGGAUCCCGUAACUCACCCUGGUGUUACUUUUACGCUACAAUAAACUAACAUUUCGCAGCAUACAACCCCCCAAUGUCAGUCAAUGUCGAGCCGUUCGUCCCCGCAGGCAGGAUAGCCGACGAAGCUACUCCAAAACUGAUUGGUCAAGACCUAUCUGCAAAAUCCGUGUCUUCCCCACCUACAACAGAUGCACAAGUGAUAUCCAACGGCGGAAAGUCUCCAGCACAGCUUCGAGUACAAGCGCAGGGCGCCCUUCUUAGUUUAGCUCCGCACAGUAUUCGAUACAGUGAGCUUGUUGGCGAAGGUAUCAAUCCAGUGAUACUCAGGCAACUUUAUGAAGAAGUGGGGAUCAAGGUCCCCACGCCGCAACCGGAUACUGCAUCAACUCAAGCAUCCUCACUAGUUUCAACCCCGCGCGGUCAUUCCGUCACAGAUCUCACGGCUUCGGUCGAAACUGCUGGAUCAGGUGACAUACCUGCAACUGAAGCCGUAAGGGCGGAAAAUGUCACGCAAUCGACUGGGCUGGCAGGAAACGCGUCAACAUCCGCCCCUUCAUCUCAACCGUGUGCUGCGAAACCCAUGGAACGUAAAGAGGUCAUUGCCCGUAUGCUAGCUGCGAAGGCUGCCAAGUCUACGAGAGUCCCAACUUCACCUCCAGGAGACGUGACAAAAGAAGCACCGACAUCGGACAGCUCAACUACAGAUGUUGAAAAGACUGGUGGCACCGGUGUUUCCACAGAGGCACCCGCACCAGAAAAAGAGGUUCGCGUCAGGGAAAAGAAUAAAGCACAAACAGAGUUGGCUAGGCAACGAAUCGAGCUACUCAAGAAGCAAGGUCUCAUGAGAUUACAGCAAAAGUCAACUUCAGGCGAUGUAUCUCCAAGUAAUGACCUGUCAAACACGAAAACGACUCGCGAUCUUACACCAGCCUUGAAUUCAUCGUCAAUACAACAUCCCCUGCCUGAGCGUCCCCCUGAUCCUGAGACAGGUGCUUUUGCACGUAUCCCUGGACUGUUCAUGACCGAAGUAGCUCAAGAGGCACAUGACGACCCAUCUACGACGCCUACCCCAGCGCUUGUGGUUGAUUCCACCCCGCAGCCUCGCUUUAAUCAACGCAAGCGCCCGCGAGCAUCUGAUUUUGACGAACCUGUUCCUUUGCCUAGGAAGACAUCUAAUAACGGAGUGAAUAACAGUGUCUCAGGCGAUAGGCUUAUCAUUGACAUCAGCGAUGAUGAUCUAUAUGGGGAUGACGAAGAUGAUGCUAUGGAUAUCGAGACCUUCCAAGAAAACGAUGUCCCCUCAGUCCUGGAAGGUCCAGCAGGGAACUACCUUGCUGCGGAGUCCCUUCCGCCGAGACCUGUGACAUCGCCAAGUCAAGGGGCUUCUUUGUCUGUGACCCCGCAAUUUCCACGGAAUAAUGAUCAAGAAGACCUCCGUAGGAAAGACCUUGAAAUACAAGCAAUGCACAGGCGGAUUGCUGAGCUGGAAGAACGCAAGAAGGCAAAAUUAGCUGCCAGUCGUACUCAGUCUCCUCGUGCGGCGGAUUCAGAGUCAUCGCCUCCUGAAACAUCCCCACCAACUGAUACUGAAGCUCGUGAGACCCCCGUACAGGCUGCACCAGCUUUCGCUGAGCACAAUCUUUCACAAGUGAACGCCAUGGACGCUUUGCAAGAAACUACAUCAUCCGUCCCUAAUCAUCAUCCUUCUUCAAACGGUCUUUCAUGUCGUUUGGACUCCAUGGAUGUCGAACAAUUGAAAGACAUGAAGUCGAAAGUCUUACGGAAAAGAGAGAUCGAAGCCGGAGUUCCUGCUUUGGACGCAGAAAUAAAAAGAUCUGAGACAAGGCUAGAGGAAUUCAAUCUUGAACAGGAGAAGCUUUUGCUAGAUAUCAGUAGGGGAAAAGAGGGCCGACAGCAACUCUUAGAGGAACUAGGCAAUCUUAACGCAGAGCUCGAUGGAUUGUCUUUGGAAGAGGUGGAAUCAGCACUAGACAGGUUGAGAACCAUGCAGGAAUCAGCAAAUGAAGCCCAAGAUCUGCAACCAAUUACUCCAGAUGACAAAGAUAUCGAAAUGUCAAAUGGCUCUGAGGCUGAGACCCAGCUUCAAGAAGAAAAGGGUUCUGUUCUAGAGCCAUCCGUCAAUACCCCAAUCGAUACAGGCAGCCCGUCGCGUCCGUCUGACAUUACUGCGGCCCAACAUGACGUAUCUGAAGCUAGUAGGGAAUCAACCCCGACUUCUUCCUCCGGUUCCACAGGGUCAUCUAUGGAUGAAUCCAGUGAUAGUGAUAGCGACGACAGUGAUGACGACAGUGACGACUCUGCAUCCGCUGGGCCAGGGGAGUCCAACGCCCAGUCUCCUGUGCCAGACGUGCAUAUGUCUGGGGUCUCAGACGGUGUAAAAGAUACUAACCAAGUGGAACCAAGUCCGUUGAGCGAAGAGCGUCAUGGUCACCUACCGGACCAAUCUCAAGCCACGAACGUGACAGACCAGUCUGACAUGUCUUCAAGCUCUAGUGAACAAGAUGUUGAAAUGACUGAAGAUCAGGCUUCUGAUAAAUCUACGGUUUCAGAGGCCUAUGAGCCCCCGGAACCGGAAGGAAAUGCAAGCCCAGCUGACUCGGUCUAUUCACCCCCUUUUAGUCCAGCUUCUCUUGGCCCCGUUGAGCCCACCGUUCCUAGUUCUCCAGUGCAAAACACCCAGAACACCGGUGAGCCACCGGCUGGUCCUACCCAAGAAUCGGGCGUCUCACAAUUCGGAAACAAUCAGAAUGCUCGACAGCCGGGAGACUCAGACCAGAAGUUCUCGCCUUACGUUAGUCCAUUGAAAUCUUUCAAGGCUUUCCGCUACCAUCCAAAAUACACUGAUGAGGUUACGGGUGGCUAUCGUUCCCUAACCUACAGCCAUAAUAUUGAUCCUAUGGUUUACCUCUGUCCUUUCGAAGGGGCAGGCGGCGUCUGCAAUGAUCGGUCUUGUGAAUUCCAACAUUUUCGUGAUAUGACUCUUAGCGAUGACAAAAUCCUUGUCCAGAUGGGAUCUCUUCGAGAGGGCAAAACACCAGAAGAAAAAGACAACUACAUUGCUGGUUUGAAAAACAUCAUUAACGACAUGCGACGCGACAAGGUGAAAGAUUUUAACACUGUGGCCAUGGAGAUAGCCGCAUACCGUAGACGCUUCCUCCAGGAUCCUUCACGAGUCCUACCCUUGUAACAAUCAUUUUGCCUACAAUACCCGAACAUUCACAUUGGGGAGCUCUUCUCCUCUUAAGGUGAGCUACCGAUAUAUUCUGAGAAUUGCCGAUUCCAACUAGGCAAAGCACAUAACUGUGCAAAACCGUCAGAUCAUCUAGACAUGGAAGUCUCUUCCUUCAUACUGGUCAUACCAGCAGCAGUUUUCUUCCCAAUACUACCUUGAUACCCGCGUCUCUCUUGCUUUCUCUCUGAAUUUUCAGAAAAUAUUCUUUCCCCACCUUGUUAUAUUAGCAGGUCAAGCUUCCUGCCUCCUUUUUCUAACAGUUUCGGCAUCUAAUGUCUCCUUUUGGCCCAUUCAAGUGGGCACUUAUUAUUAUACCGCUUCGAUCUAUGACCAUUUGGGUUAGAAACGGUGUGUGGAGUUGGUGAGGAUAUAAUAUUUUUCUUCAUUUUCGUCUGAAGGAGGUGGGCGUAGGCGAUUCCACCCACGCCCCGACAGCAAACAAUAGGCCCUAAGACGGCCCGGUGAGAACGAGGACUGCUUAUUGUUAAACCAACCACGCCUGGUCUAGACAGACAUGAGUCGGGCGACACGUCCUCCUAAAGGAAUGGAAGAAUGCGAUUGUACAGCCGGGCGUUCGGAUCGGAUCAUAGGAGUACAUAGCAAUAAACAAACGAACAAUACCGCA